AUGCCAGGCCGCGUCGCCGCCCGUUCGACCUCCGCGACAACACGCAGGUCGUCGGCACAGCCCUCCGCGGGGCGUGCCCCCUCGGUGACCCCAUCAUUCGCGAUUCCUGAAGAAGCAGCACUGCCAACCGCAUCCCCGAACCUUCGCCGCGAUGUAUGCGCCAUCUUUGCUGAUGCUCAGCGAGCAACCACCGGUCAUCGCAAGCUCGUGGUGCGCCUGCGAAAGUUGCAGGAAAUCAGCAGCGGCAUCGUUCGGAAGAAGAAAGGAAAGGACCAAGAGCAAGAAGAGGUCGAGCUCCCAGAGGAAGAGAGCAUUCCAGAGAGGGAGUUCAAUAUCGAGGUGGGCCGUUGCCUGCUUCGAAUUCUUCCAAUCAAGAAAUCAGAACCCGUUGGCGACCGCAUUGUGCGCUUCAUGGACAGUUUCAUCCCACAUGCAUUCGAAAAGGACGGUGAGCUCUUCGGCUUGAACGGUGCAGACGACGAUGAGGCGAACAGAGAGACUCCCACUUCCCGCUUGACCUCGAGUCUGAUUCAUCUCCUGGUGCCUGUCCUAUCCGCCAAGGACAAGAUGAUCCGGUUCCGCGCCACCCAAAUCGUCGCACAUGUCGUCAACUGUCUCGAGUCGAUCGAUGAUGAGCUAUACCAUACAAUCCGCCAAGGCCUGUUGAAGCGAAUCCGUGACAAAGAGUCAUCGGUGCGCGUACAAGCCGUCUUUGGCCUUGCCCGCCUAGCUGGGAACGAGGGAGACGAGGAUGGCAGCGGAGAUACUUCCUCUGCUCUUCUCGACAAAUUGAUGGACAUCAUGCAGAACGAUACUAGUGCCGAUGUCCGCAAAAGUCUCCUCACGAACCUUCCGCUCGCCCCCACCACUCUUCCGUACCUCCUCGAACGAGCCCGCGAUCUCGAUGCACCGACCAGACGCACCUUGUACUCCCGUCUAUUGCCUACUCUGGGUGAUUUCCGCCACCUGUCCCUAUCAAUGCGUGAAAAACUCCUCCGCUGGGGUUUGCGAGACCGCGACGAGAGCGUUCGAAAGGCGACCGGCAAACUGUUUUAUGACCGUUGGGUGGAAGACUGCGCCGGAACUAACCGCGACCCUAACGAGGGUGGAAACGCCCAACGGUCAGCCCCCGACCUGAAUGCCCUGCUGGAACUGCUGGAGCGAAUUGAUGUCAUCAAUUCUGGAAUGGAAAGUGGCAUUGCCCAUGAAGCAAUGCGUGCCUUCUGGGAAGGACGUCCUGAUUACCGGGAAGCAGUUGUCUUUGAUGAGCCUUUCUGGGAAUCUCUGACGGGGGAGUCGGCCUUCCUCCUGCGAUCAUUCAACGAUUUCUGCCGCGUCGAGAAUGAGGGCAAAUACGAUGAUUUAGCGGACGAGAAAAUGCCUGAAGUUACGGCACUUGCCUACUUCCUUUCCAAGUAUAUGACCGAGCUUUUGCAACGGAAGAGACAAUUGAAGGACUCCAGCGAAGCGAAUGAUGAAGAUGCGGUUGAGCAGGAAUUUAUCGUUGAGCAGCUCUUGCACAUUGCGAUCACUCUGGAUUACAGUGAUGAGGUGGGCCGGCGGAAGAUGUUCUCUCUUCUGAGGGAGUCAUUGGCCGUGCCAGAACUCCCAGAAGAAUGCACCAAGCUAGCUGUUGAGACCCUGCGGUGUGCCUGUGGACCCGAUCUCGCCGGUGAAAGCGAGUUCUGCAGCGUUGUCCUGGAAGCCAUUGCCGAAGUCCACGAUACCAUCGCCACCGAAGACAGCUUCGUGUCGGCCAGAUCCGAAAUCAGCGAUGACACAAGCAGCCGCCAUCGCUCCGAGACGCCUGGCGACGAGGAAGAAACCCCCUUCAACAAGGAAGAAGCCAAGGCGAAAAUUGUCCGUGAAAUUGUGGUCAACAUGAAGUGUCUCCACAUCGCCCAAUGUAUGCUUCAAAACGUCGAAGGCAACCUGCAGCAGAGCAUGAAUUUGGUGACCAUGUUGAACAACCUCGUCGUUCCCGCCGUACGGAGUCACGAAGCCCCGAUUCGUGAACGUGGUCUUUAUUGUUUGGGUCUCUGCUGUCUUCUUGACAAGAACCUUGCCGAGGAGAACAUGACUCUGUUCAUCCACUGCUACAGUAAGGGCCACGAGGGGCUACAAGUAACUGCAUUGCAGAUCAUUUGCGAUAUGAUUACCACGCAUCCCUCGCUGCUUGCGCCGAACACUCAGUCUGACGGCGAGACGGUGACCCCUCCAGCGAUUCAAAAGCCUCUGCUCAAGGUGUUCUCACGAGCCCUGAAAGCAAACUCUCCUCCCAGCGUGCAGUCCGGAGCGGCUUCGGCGCUGUCAAAGUUGUUGCUCACCAGUACAUUCGAACCUACCGGGCCAAAUGUCCCACCUGCCAUCCAGGAAUAUAACCAGAAAGCCGUGGAAACGCUAUUGCAGAGCCUCGUGGUGUCUUUCUUCCACCCCCGCACGAAGGAGAACCCUGCACUUCGGCAGUCGCUAGCAUACUUCUUCCCCGUCUAUUGCCACUCGCGCCUCGACAACACUCAGCAUAUGCGGCGGGUUGCAGUACCCGUGGUCCGUGGAGUGAUCAAUGCCGCCGAGGAGCACUAUUCGCUCGAGGCUGAAGAAGAUAGCGAUGGCGAGAUCGACGACACCACUGGCGAGCGCGAAAUCAAGACACUCAUGACUGGUGUCAUUGGUAUGCUUGCCGAGUGGACUGAUGAGCGUCGGGUUGUUGGCCUAGGCGGCGAGCGUAUUCUGGCAGGUGGUGCCUCUAGCUCGAAUGCUUGCGGCUGGGUGCACCUGGCCUUGGUGAAAGACAUCCUGGAGCGUGUUUUGGGCGUCAGUGCCGGUAGCAACCGUUGCAACAAGGAAGAGCGCAAGUUGCUAUUUUCCCUGUUGAGCAAACUUUUCAUUGCUGCUCCAACAGUCCCCUCUCGUGCUGGUUCUCGCGCCCCAGAGAGCGAAGAUCAGUUUAGAACCAGCAUUCGCAGUGCUACAGCGACGGGGGUUGAGAUCGAACCUGAAAAUGCUCAGCUCGCCGAAGAAGUCAAGGAGUUGCUUGACCAGACUAUUGAAGAGGGUCUUGCUGCCGAAGCAUCUAGCAGGAACGCCCUGGUCAAGACUAAGAACUCUGUUUUGAAGAUCCUCGCCGUUGCUCAGGAUGCUCGUGCGGCCAGCGCACACCCUCGAGCCGGCACAGAAGAGCCUGACAGUGAUGUCGCCAGCGUCCGCUCUGCUAGUGCCCGACGCUCUGUUGAGCCAACUGGUCGCCGACAGGUUUCAGUGGAGCCCUCUAUCAUGGAGGAAGAUGAAGGCGACAGUGGCAUUCGAUCUGGCAGUGUGCGCCCAGCUGUUGAAGGCGGUGCUGUUCGCACCCAUGUCGCCGUCGAGCCUAGCAUCAUGGAGGAAGAUGAAGAGGACGAUCAUGACACUAGCCGUGGAACAAUCAUAAAGGAGGAAACUGCCGAUGAGUGA